UACCAAUUAAUUUGACCAUGGUGAUGAUGAUGUUAAUAUACGCGUGGCGUUUAUUAUGCCUCUCAAUGUACGAAACGGUGACCAAUGUGUUUGAGUGGAGGCGUCGGGUCACUAGUAAUAAGUGUCUUAACGGACGGGUUGUGUUCAUUACCGGAGCCAACACUGGCAUCGGUAAGGAGACCGUCCAUCAGCUCACCCUUAGGGAAGCCAGGAUUAACGUCGGGAAAGGGAUGACAGCUGUGAGCGAAAUACAGGCACUGAAUCCAAAGGCGGACAUAAAACUCGUGAAACUGGACUUAUCUUCGCUGACAUCUGUGCGCAAAUGUGCCGAAGAGUUGUCCCGAUUGGAGACCAAAGCGGAUAUACUUAUCAAUAACGCCGGUGUAAUGGCGUGUCCCGAGUGGCAGACCGCCGACGGCCACGAGAUGCAAUUGGGCACUAAUCACCUAGGUCACUUUCUACUAACUAUACACUUAUUACCGCUGUUGAACCAAUCGGAGUCGGCCCGUAUAGUAAGCGUCUCGUCGAGUCUGAACAUAAUCGGCGCAAUACAUACCGAUAACAUAAACCUGCGUAACGGCGCCUACGGGCCAAUCAUGGCCUACGGGCAAAGCAAAUUGGCCCAGGUGCUGUUCACCAGGGAAUUGGCCAAACGACUGACCGGCACCAACAUUACGGCCUACUGUCUAAACCCGGGCUCAGUUCGCACAGAUCUGCAACGAUAUACCCCACUCUCGGCCCAUACUUUUAUUGGUAGAUUUAUUAGAUAUGCAUUUUUGAUAGCACCCCAUACGGGCGCACAGACCACACUGUACUGCGCUAUCGACGACACCGUUGCCAAUGAGUCCGGCUUUUAUUACGAGUACAUGCCUAAUAUAGAAAACCUAAUGAUGCUGAAUCUGAUGUUUGUGUCGGGAUGUGUGACGGCAGUGGGCGUCAGAGGUGUAAUCGGCGCAGAUAUGACCAGAGUUAAGCACGGGUGCUAUUUCAAGGCCCCCUACCCUGAGGCUGCGCCUGAGGUGAUACACACCACGGAUGGCCGAGCACCUGGUCAAUGGUGGGCCGGCGGAGGGUGCGCUCAUUCCCAGUACCGAUUUGGCCAGCGAUACGCCCAGAGAGUAGACAUCGCAGCGGUCGAGUUGGACGGCAUCGGUGUGAAACAGCUCGGGUGCCAUAUACUCAUAGCAAUAGCCUUAUUCAACCCAUACAAACAUUUAGUACACAAC